UUGACAGUCAAGCUAGAGAGUCACAGUUCUUGCUACCCAGCAGCAUUCAGCUGCCCCGUCGACACAACCGCUGCUUAAUCAACUCAACAAUGUCAACCAAACGGAAAUCUGCGACGACAAUCGCCAAGCCGGUGGUGAGGCAGAGUGCAAAGGCGCCAAUAAAGAGCAAGAUCGACGAGACCAGGACUGCGGUGUCGACUGGAUUGACGUCUAAAUCGACAACAGAGCCAGCCGAGAUCGCUAGUGAUGCUCCCAUCCCAUACGGCUCCUCUGACGACGAGGAGGGACCGAGUGACGAUGAGAGCAAGAUGCCGAACCAAAAGCACAACUCGGCCGAUUCACCCAGGCUAAAAAGAGGUCAAGGCGAAGGAGAUGUGGAUGCGGUGAUGCAGGAGGGGGUUGACAGCGCCGAUGGCGAGCCGACGCCACCGACAUUCGGUGACCUUGUCCGCGGAAACUCAACCAUCGAUGUUCCCGCAUCUCUAGCGGCGCAGGCCGCCGCGGCACAAACGUCCCGGCUUGAGGUCCAACAACGGCCGACCGCCCCGAUCAGUGCGACCUCGCUUGGCACAGUGCUGAACCAGGCGCUCCGGUCCGACGACUCCGAUCUUCUCGAAUCCUGUCUUCAAACCACCGAUGUGAAGAUAAUAGAGAAUACCAUCAACCGCAUGGACUCGGCGCUCGCCGGCACUCUCCUUUCCAAGCUCUCGGCCCGCAUGCACCGUCGGCCGGGCCGUGCAUUUGGACUGAUGAGGUGGAUGCAGUGGACGCUGGUUGCUCACGGAGGGGCCCUCGUCACACAACCGGAUCUUGUCGCCCGGCUGAGCGAGCUCAAUCGUGUUCUAGAGGAGCGCUCGAGGGGCCUUCCGAGUCUGUUGGCGCUCAAGGGGAAGCUGGAUAUGUUGGAUUCGCAGAUGAAGUUCCGGAAGUCCAUCAAGGCGGCCAAUGCCAGCCGAACUCGCGGUGGCGAUGAGGAGCAGUCCACUGAGGAGGACGAAGAUGCGGACGAGCCGGGCGUUGUCUACGUGGAAGGCCAGGAAGGCCUUGGCAAGACGCUCACCAACGGUACCGCCGGGGGGGAUGCCGAGGAUGACGAAGACGACUUCCCCGCUGGGGCAACGGUCGUCUCUGAUUCCGAGGAGGAGUCGGACGAGGAAUACGACGAGGAAUCAGAUGAAGAGGUGGCAGGUGCUGAGUCAAUGGACGAGGAUGAGGUCGACCACAACGAUGUGGAGGAGGAUGAGGAGGAAGAAAGCGAGGGCGAAGACUCACGGCCGCCAGCAAAGGUCCGGAGAGUGUCGGAGAGGAUCUCCAAACGAAAGUAGGCGAUUGAUAGAUGGGGAUCUCUGGGAAAUCGGCAAUGUAUGAGCAAUGGACUAGACGGCAGCAGCCGUGCAAUGGUACUGCGAUAUGUCUAGUCGUGGAUAGCAGUUCGGAGGUGGCACUUCACG